GACGGAGGGCAGCAGCGGGACGACGAGGAGGGCGAAGAGGAGGACGAGGACCAGGGCGAGGGCGCGGAGGGCAUCUCCCCUCCCUGGCCCUCCGCCGUGGAGGCCUUCCGCGACCAGCGGGCGGCGAAGGAGGCGCGGCUCGCGGAGCUGGAGGCCAGCAGGGACGAGGCCGAGGCCGACGAGGCCAACGCGAGGCAGCGCCGCGACGGCCUCAAGAAGGAGCUGCCCGUCGCCAAGGAGCUCGUCGCGGCGGCCAGGGCCGCCGAGAAGGACGCCGUGGCCGAGAGGCAUGACCUCCACAACAAGUGCUCGAAGGUGGAGAGGGCGCAGCAUGAGAUGGAGGAGGCCAAGAACUCCGCCAUCCGUGCGCUGCACGCUGAGGAGUACAACGCCACUCAGG